GUGCCCGGCUUUCCCACCAACCCCUCCACCAAAUUCUUCACGAGCGAAAGGCCAUAAAAAGGCGAUGCCCGCCCUUUGACAUUUGCUGACGAAUCCACCAACUGCACUUGGCGCAAAGCUCGAGCAGAACCCCACCAGCAACUUAUCAUGGCCACCACUGCAGGUGCUCCCUCUGGCACUGGCCUUUCCCAGUCUCGCGGUCUUCUCAACCAGCGGUGUCUCGGGUUUAGCCGCUCCAGCUGGGGCGGCGCCUCCAAGCUCGUCUCCUUCCCUUCCAGUUUCUCCCGCAGAUCUGUAGAUAAUACGAAGGAAUUGCAGUUGCCUAGAAUAACUGCAGUGGUGAAAGCACAAGCUGGUCCAGGACAAAUGGACAUUGACCUCACCCUGAGUCCAAGGGUGAAUUCUGUGAAGCCUUCGAAAACGGUUGCUAUAACUGACCAGGCGGCUGCUCUUGCAAGAGCUGGUGUUCCUGUUAUUGCAUUAGCAGCUGGAGAACCUGAUUUUGAUACACCUGCUGUCAUAGCAGAGGCUGGAAUUAAUGCUAUCCGGGAAGGUUAUACAAGAUACACACCAAAUACAGGCACAUUGGAACUCCGCACAGCAAUCUGUCAGAAGCUAAAAGAGGAGAAUGGGAUCUCAUAUACACCAGAUCAGAUUGUUGUUAGUAAUGGAGCCAAACAAAGCAUUUUUCAGGCAGUUUUGGCUGUCUGUUCUCCGGGAGAUGAGGUUAUAAUUCCUGCUCCCUAUUGGGUGAGUUACCCUGAAAUCGCAAGGCUUGCUGAUGCCACACCUGUUAUUGUUCCAACAAGCAUCUCUGAGAAUUUCUUGAUGGACCCUAAGCUUCUUGAACGCUCGAUUACUGAGAAAUCCAGGCUUCUGCUACUUUGUUCUCCAUCAAAUCCAACAGGUUCCGUGUACCCCAAAGUACUUGAAGAGAUCGCUAAGAUUGUUGCAAAGCAUCCUAGGCUUCUGGUUAUGUCCGAUGAAAUAUAUGAGCACAUUAUGUAUGCCCCAGCUACGCAUACAAGUUUUGCAUCUUUGCCAGGCAUGUGGGAAAGGACAUUCACCGUGAACGGGUUUUCUAAGGCAUUCGCAAUGACUGGCUGGAGGCUUGGUUAUGUCGCUGGUCCAAAACACUUCAUUUCAGCUUGUGCAAAGAUUCAGAGCCAGUUCACUUCUGGUGCCAGUAGCAUAUCUCAAAAGGCUGGAGUUGCUGCUUUGUCAAUGGGAUAUGCUGGAGGUGAAACUGUCAAAAAUAUGGUGAAAGCUUUUAGGGAACGGCGAGAUUAUUUGGUUAAAGGCUUUGGGGAAAUGGAGGGUGUGAAGAUUUCAGAACCUCAGGGAGCCUUCUAUCUUUUCAUCGACUUCAGCUGUUACUAUGGAGUUGAAAUUGAAGGCUUCGGAGCAAUCGACAGCUCAGAGUCACUUUGCCGAUACCUGCUUGACAAAGCCCAGGUCGCGUUGGUCCCAGGGGGCGCAUUUGGGGACGACUCUUGCAUCCGCAUCUCCUAUGCCGCUUCUCUCCCGACUCUAAAAGAGGCUUUCGAGAGGAUUAAGAAAGCACUUGUCGCGCUGAGGCCUGCUGUGCCGGUGUGAUGAUCGCAGAGUUGUCACAGCAUUUACAUGAAGUAGCUGCUGCUGUUGUACUUCCUGUCAUAAUCAUUUGGUCAGAUAGACUUCGUUGCCGUAAUCCAUUUGUUGUCGUCUCUACUUGUUUUCUUAAUCAUAAUUAGUAAAGAUAAGAGGCAUGAUUAGAUGCAGAUUUAAGAUAUAUUAUCUCUUAAGUGUAUAAUCGCAUUUCGUUCCAAAAGAAAAUGUCCAUGUACAUUGUUAUUUCAAAUUUAUCACUCAUAAGUGACAUUUUACUGUUUGAAGUUUUA